CACACACACACACACACACACACACACACACGCGGGCGCGCCGGUAUUGAGGAAGUUUCCGAGAGUCCGACCACAGGACCAGGCGCGCGGUCCACCUUCCGUCGCACUUCACUCUUCCCGUCGUUUGUUUCUCUUCAUUUUCGCGCACAUUUAGAUCGACAUAUACGGUUUCGGACAUAUAUAAAUACACGUUGUCAUUUUUUUUUUUUUUCUUCUCCUUUUUAUUUACGGCGCCGCAGUUCCGUGUCGUUUAGCGCUUCAACGACAAUAUGUCCACCAUGCAGUUCACGAGGAACUACAGCAGCGCGAGCGCGUCCUCGGACCUCGCCACCCCGUCCCCCGUGUCCCCGUCGCUCAGCUACGUGAGCGCGGAGCUGCCGGGCUCCACCGCGGCGUCCUUCCGCGCCGUGAAUGUGUCUACGCUGCCGGUGUCGCAGGUGCGGUACGUGUCCAACGGGCCCGCGGUGGACGGGAACGUGAUGUACGGGACGCUGCGCUACCUGGUGCCGGUGGAUCAGAGGAACGUGCACGAGUCGUACGUGCUCGUGAACGGCGCCGUGGCCAACAAGGCCGUUUCACCUGUGUACGUGCAGAAAGUGGCGGGGCUCAGCCUGGCCGGGGUCAGCGAGAGCGCGCACGCUGUGCAGUACACCGCUAGUGAGCAGCAGGAGGUUGCCGGUGAAAGAUCUCCUUCCGUGUGCAGCCAGUCCUCGGUCAAGAGCCCUACAUCUGUUUCCAAGGAGACUGAGGUUCUGCUGGAGCAGAGCAGCAUCACCCAGACGAACAAUGUGCCAGAGUAUGUGGUCCAGCAGGAGGUGUCCAAAGUGGAGCCCCAGGAGAAGCUGGACACGCGCUUCUUCGGGGAACUUCUGGCAGAGGUCUACCGCAAAACCUGCGACAUCCACACCCACAUCUCGGAGCAUGUGGCCAAGAUCAGGGGACGAAAACAUCUGCUGGACCCCACCAUUGAUUACAAGGUUGAGAAAGAAGAGACGGAGGCCCUGAUCCCAAAAGGCAUGUCUGAGCUGACCAAGCAGCAGAUCCGAUACCUCUUGCAGACACGCCUCACUGCUGACAAGACCAUGCGCCUUCUCUUGACCACCUUUAGCAGCCUGAGGGAAGAGCUGGGCCACCUGCAAAAUGACCUGGAGCGCCUGCAGAGUGAGAAGGAGGAGCUGGAGAAGGACCUGAGCUUCAGAGCUGACCAGGCCCUGAAAUACGACCGAAUGCUGGAAGCCUUGCGUGAGAACAACCGGCAGCUGCAGGUUUCUCUGAAAGAGUGCACCCUGGUCAGGAGCAACCUGGAAACGCAGCUGCUGGACAGUCGCAGCAUGAAGUCGGGACAUGACUAUCGCAUCAAGGAGCUCGAUGGCAGCUUGAAGACACUGGAACAGGAGAACAAACUGCUGAGGCAGAAGCUGGCCGGACAGGGCAGCAGUUCCAGCUUCCAGGUGAAAACGGAGGAGCUCUCCAAGCAGUACAACGAGUCACUCAACUCCAUGCGUGACCAGAAGGACAACGAGAUCCAGAGUCUCAGGGCCCAACUCAUCAAGAUGAAGACAGAGUACAGCACACAGACAAUGAGCGACAGCAGCCUGGAACUGCGCAUCACGGAGUUGCUCGCAAAGCUGGAGCAACAGGAGAGCACCGUCAAACGGCAGGAGGAGGAGAUCAAGUGGCUCAAGCAAGAGAGGAAUGACAAAUCGACAAAUGUCACCAGAACCGUCAUCACUAAAAGGUACAUGAACCAGUACCCCAUCCUGGGUCUGCUUGGUGAUGACUACCAGACCACAUCUCCAGUGAAGGAGGCCAAGACCAUUGUGGUUCAGAGCACCGAACAGGCCUACAAAUAGGAAUGAGGGUCAAGAAGACCCAGAAGCUGGCACCCCCCCACCCCAUCCCACUGUUCCUCCCCGCUGUACUCUUUUCUUCUCACUGCAGGGUGUCCAGGACUCCUCAGGGUGGUUAGGGUUCGAAUUACUAGAUGUGGUUUUGAAUGUGGGCACCUGUGUGGUCCUGAACUUCCUGCUGGAGUUGGGAAGGCAGGUGGGAGGAAAGACAACAUGGCAUCGAUGCAGUUUUGCUCACGGGCAGCAGGUGGCGUAGUGAAUCUUUAAAAAAUAUUCUCAAGGGUUCUAGUUUUAAAUUCAUGUAGGUGGAGUGAAAAUGUGGUACUCACGAUCUUGAGUGAGGUGCUUGGGUAAAAAUGUAACAUUUGUAGGCUAAGUGAGUGAAAUAAUAUCAUUCUUUAAUGAUGUGGCAGCUUCAGUGUCCUGCAGUGUCCCAAAUCACCACAGUCCUUCAGGCCCAAAACCUUUAUUAUUUUUGUACCCACUCCAGGUGUUCAAGGGCCCUGGUAAACGUUCAUGCUGUUAAAAUAUACACUGUUUACUUGUAUUGAUAUUUUUCUCUAAUCUUAUUUGGCUUAAGUUUUUUGUCUGCGGUAGUGGUGAAGUUAUUUUUCGGAAUGGAACAUGAAGUUUUUUUGUUUUAUUUUCUCGCUGUGCUAAAAUUGAGGUGUAAACUGUAGUGUGGGGGGGUCGCUUGUGCUGACUGAGAGAGGGAAUAUGGGAGAGUGGCAUGGACCAUGGGGAAGUGGUGAGAGGCACAUGGGGCAGAGGGAGGGUGACAUCACAGCAACUGCAGAAACACACAUCCUGAAAUGAUGGCCCACAUGCUGGGCAAGCGACUCCCUGACACGCAUGGGUUCGAAUGUAGCAGAACCGAUACACAUCAGUGUUGUACACUAGCCUGGAUGGGGCUGUUUGCAAAGCGGGCGAAGCAGCAAAUAAGAGUGCCAGUCUGGAUCUUUAACAUCUUCAACAUCCCUUCCCCCCGUCGGACUGGCAAUGACCCUCAUAGAGCAGAUGAUGCUGCAUGAGGUGAAAGAGUUAAAACUGAGUUACACUUCAUAAUUGUUCACUCGCGUGUGCAUGCACACACACACACACACACACACACACACACCAUGGACACAAAUGUCAGUUGUGGAAAGCACAAAGCCCCAGACGCAUGACCAUAUCAGAACACUGGUUUAGUUCGCUACACUGCAGUGUGAGCUGUUCUCAGCAUCUCUGCCACUUGUGUGUGAUGUCCAUGGUCCAGACUCAUCCCUAAAGCUGUAAUGAUGAAAUCAGCAAAGCCUUUGAUAGCAACAACAUCAACUAAUGUUAGCCUCCUCUGUGCUUCUCCAUGACCAGCACUGCCUGCCCUUGUACGCUUGUAAAUGACACUGGACUUUGGCUUUAAUUAACUGUUACUGUUGGCAGUAAAACACCUACUCUGUGUACGAA